AUGUUCAAGUGGAUACAAGCAGUGCCGAGAAAGUGUGGAUUAUUGCACACGAGGUCAAUAUUCGUAGGUGUCUCUCCAGAAGGGCAUGGAGUGGGUCCGUUGCGUCGAGCGUUCCGCGUUGAUGACGACUUACCGCUGGAACCGCUCGAUGAUUCUAUUUGGCCAAAAGAGAAACUAAAGUCACGAAUGAAAGCGCUCUUAAACUGUAGCGAUGUGCAAUCGGAAAUGCUGUACAAAGCGAACAAGAAAGCACUGCGUGUGUUCGCCCCAAAGCUGCUAACGGAUAACAUUGACCUGCUGCGAGAACAUGGCGUGGACGAAAAGUAUAUCUACGAGGAUCCCAAAGUCCUCUCAGUACAGACAAGUGAGCUAAGGGAUAAGAUAAAACUACUCAAAGAAAUGCCGGGCGUUACACAGUUUACCGUACUGGCACCGUUUCUCAGAUUACCGACCACGGCUAUCGAAAAGAUGGUGACAAAUGCCCGAGCAGAAACUAUUGAAGAUGGCAACCGGUUGAACUAUGUGAGCAAAAAAACCAACACCGAAGUCGGUCAGGUCGUAAAGUUUUUCGCUUCAAAUAUUCGCGUGUACCGCAUCGCGGUGAAUAAAUUCAUCACCAACCUAAACAUCUGCCUAGACCAUCUAGAACCGGCCGAUGUGGUGCGACACCUUUCGGUGUUGGCUUAUGCGCCCAAAUCGAUUCGGGAGCGCCUGAAUGCGCUCCAAAAUUCCCCACUCCAGAAGAUCAAACCGUGGAUGGUCCGCGUACCGGAUAUUGCACUCGGCAAGUCGUUUGAAGCCGUGAUCGAGAAGGGUAAGCAGCCGGAGUUUAAAGACGCCGUUACCUGUGUUUGGUUCGAAACAUUUGUCAUCAAGCGAACGGAAACGCUGCUCGGCUGUUCGGAGGAAACGGCACGCGAAAUCUACAGCCGAUGCAAGGGGGCUGUUUCGCAGGUCGAGAACAUGGAGCUGCUGCUCGAGAAGCGCAUAACGGCGGAGGCGAUCCACAAACAUGCAACCAUUUUGAACUCGCGGCGGGUCGAUUUACAACAGAAGGUAACCUAUCUGGAGGGAUUGAAGUGUCUGCGCGACCUAAACGAUGUGAUACCGCUGUGUGCGCUGGCCGUGUACCAAUUGAAGAAGAUCGUUCACAACCUCAACAACGAUCAGCUAGAGUCGGACAGUACGAAUAGGAUCUACUAUUUCGCCGAUUGCACCGGUCUGGCUGCGGACGAUGUGACGGCCCAGUUCGCUCGGCGAACGUUCAUGUUCCGCAUACCGAGGGAAAGUUUCGUGGACAAUAUGCAACUAUUCAUGCAACACAUGAACCCCGAAGACAUACUGGCCGAUCUGUGGGCGUUCAAGUACUCGCCCGCCAUAGUCGCCGAACGGAUCGCGCGAGCGAAGCAGGUGCGCGGCAAAAAGUUAAUGCCAUGGAUGGUGCGCUGUCCGGACGUGGUGCUCGAGAAGUCACUUUUGCUGACGAAGGAGAAUGGUGACCUGUUGGGCGAGAACGAAACGAUUGUCGAGUACUUUUGCAAACGGUUAGGCGUUAGCAGAGAGGUGGCCAACGCGAUCAUCAUCAAGGUGCCCUCGGUACGCAAUGUGCGCAUUACGAAGGUGAAGAAAGUGAUCGAUUACUUGUUGGAAGAGCUGGACUAUACGCCGCAGGACAUUGCGCUCAAUCCCCGCAUCCUGAUGCACAGUCUGCAGACGACAAAGAAACGAAUGGAACAGCUGAUGGCCCUUGGCUGUCGCCCGAAAUCGUUGAUCAUUGUGUGCAAGAGCCAGCGACAGUACGACAUGUUUGUGAAGGACUGGGUCACGGCCAAGCAACGGAUGGAACAAUUCGGCUAG